CGAUUGUCAGUUCACUGAGAUCUGCAGACACAGGAGAUAUCGCAACAUUGCGCGAUCACAGCAGCUCGUAUCCCGUAGCAGAGCACUUCACCCCCUUUGCUUGUUUCUUUCGGAGAUAAUCCAGUAGUUUAAAACAGACAUCCAAAGAAAGCAGCAAAAAUCAAAUACUGAGAAGAGAAGGAAGAAGAAUGGGGCAGAAAACGCCAUUAAUAUUGAUGACUUUAUUGUCUUGUUUCGUCUGGAGAGAUGAGGCCCUGGCCAUGACAGAGGUGAAUGGGCCGGUUGGUGGUCUGCAUGUGGCCGACCCUCAGAUCGCCAUGUUUUGUGGUCGUCAGCUUCUACACAUGAACACUGAGAGUGGACAGUGGGAACCGGAUCCUCAGGGACGACAAGGAUGCUUCACCCAGCCCAGCAAGAUCCUCUCGUACUGCCAGGAGAUGUAUCCAGGACUGCAGAUAUCUCAUGUGGAAGAGGCUUCAUCACCGGCGACCAUCCAGGGCUGGUGUAAGAAGGGCUGGGGUCACUGUCAGACCCGCACCUUCAUUGUCGUGCCCUACCGGUGUCUGGUAGGUGAAUAUGUCAGCGAGGCUCUUUUGGUACCAGACCGAUGCCGUUUCUUACACCAGGAGCAGAUGGACUCCUGCGAGAGCUACGUGUACUGGCACAACAUCGCCAAAGAGGCCUGCACCGCUGACAGUCUGGAGCUGCACAGUUACGGGAUGCUGUUGCCUUGCGGUGACCGUUUUCGCGGAGUGGAGUACGUCUGCUGUCCUGGCAGGACAGGAUCGAGUGGACGUGGAGAAACGGAGACUGGAGAUGCUGUGCAGGGAGAAACAACACCACUCGUGUCUAUGGCUGGAGACAAAACUAUCACCAGUGUGAAAACAACACCGCCGACUCCCAGCCCUUCUCCUGAGACGGACAUCGAGGAAGACGACAUGGAGGAGGAAGAGGAUGAGGUGGUGGAGGAAGAAGCAGAGGAGGAAGAGGAGGAGGAAGAGGAAGGCAAUAAUGAAGCAGCAGCUGAGGUUGAGGAAGCUGAGGAGGAGGAAACCGCCACCACGGUCAAAUACCAGGAGGAGUACGAGUAUCCCAUCGACUCUCAUUUCCAGGGCCAAGACUACAUGGACAACUUCUACUACGACAAGAACCUCCAGACUGCCAAAGCCUCCACCCAGCCUCAAACACGGAUGGACAACAUGCCCACUCCUCGUCCUACAGAUGGUGUGGAUGUUUACUUCGAGAUGCCGGGGGAUGACAGUGAACAUGCCAACUUUCUUCGUGCCAAGAUGGACCUGGAGGAACGACGAAUGAAACGCAUCAAUGAGAUCAUGAAGGAGUGGGCUGAGGCAGACAACCAGUCCAAGAACCUGCCCAAGUCUGAUCGCCAGGCACUCAAUGAGCACUUCCAGUCAGUCCUGCAGACUCUGGAGGAGCAGGUGGCUGGUGAGAGGCAAAGGCUGGUGGAAACACACCUGGCCCGAGUGGUGGCCACCCUGAAUAACAACCGCAGACUGGCUCUGGAGAGCUACCUGAGCGCAGUGCAGAGCGACCCACCACAGCCGGACCGCGUGCUUCAGGCUCUGAAGCGUUAUAUGGCAGCAGAGCAGAAGGACAGACGACACACUCUUCGCCAUUACCAGCACAUCGAAUCUGCAGACCCUCAGAAAGCAGAGCAGAUGAAGUUCCAGGUGUACACACAUCUGCAUGUGAUUGAAGAGAGAAUGAACCAAAGUCUGGCUCUGCUCUAUAAAGUCCCCGGCCUGGCUGAAAAACUCCACGACGAAAUCCAGGAGUUAGUGAGAACAGAGAGAGGAGACAUCAGCGAACUCAUGACCACUUCCUUCUCUGAGACGAGAACCACCGAAGAGCUACUUCCUGCUGAGAGCGAAGAAGAGCGAGACGAUGAGGAGGAAGAGGACAGAGCUUUCCAGAACAGACCAUAUCCACCACGCAUCGAUCCCCAGCCUGUUGAAAAGAAAGUUUCUUCAGUGGACGAGUAUGACUACACCACCUCUGAGAGAGGACCCACUUAUGAAUAUGAGGAGAAGAUCAACACUUCAGUAGAGCUGAAGCAGGUGGUCUACAAGUCUCCAGGAAUCCAGAGAGAUGAGCUGCAGCCAGACGUUUUGGAGACAUUUAACCGUGGGGCAAUGGUGGGGCUGCUGGUAGUGGCGGUGGCCAUCGCGAUGGUGAUGGUAAUCAGCUUGUUGCUAGUUCGCCGUAAGCCAUAUGGGACCAUCAGCCAUGGCAUAGUAGAGGUGGACCCUAUGCUGACCCCCGAGGAAAGACAGCUCAACAAGAUGCAGAAUCACGGCUACGAAAACCCCACUUACAAAUUCUUUGAGCAAAUGAACUGAGAAGGUCACACUCUCCCCUCUCGCCUCCCGGUUUUUCGAUUGGGGUUUUCCACAACAACCCCCUCUCCCUCGUACUCUUAUGUAUGUCUAUCUGACCGAUGUCCAAAAAUGUACAACAAACCCGGCACGUAAAUAGGGAGUUUGUAGUAAAUUGUUUGCAUACUACUCUCUUAUCAGGGAGAGCCACUAAUAAGAGAAUCCCCAAAAAGAGCAUCUGAAAUUCCCUGUUUUUUGCAUCGUUUCAAAAGGGUGUGACGUUUUCAAAAUAGCGCCACAUUCUUUCCGGAUGUGUUUUUAAGGAAGCUCGACAUUGAGUGCUUCCUUCUGUCAUUUCUAUUUUCAAAAAGCAGAGUUUAUUUCAUGGUGAAACUGUGAGAUGGGUGAAAUAAUAUAUUUUUGAGUUCCUGGGAGACGGUCAUUUUAAAAUAAGCCGCUAUAGAGUCCUUCUGUUUUAAUAAUAAGGCGAAAAAAAAUCCAACAAGGUUUGUAAUCACGUAUAAGUCAACCGUCGAACAUUCUGGUAGAUUAUUAGUCUCAAUCACAGCCGUAAGAACUCGAGUCAGUGUUUUAAAUGUACCACGAAUGUUCAUCGAUCAACGCUACCCGGAUAUUUUUCUGGUAUCGCUUCUUUAAAAAGUCAAUUCUUAAGUAAUCCGAAGUCCAUACGCGUAAAGAAAAGCAUGCGAAAUUUGGUGUAUGAUGCUAUAACGUACUUGUGUUGGUCCUGUUUCUUGCUUUUUGAUAAAAAAAAAAGAAAAUAUCACAGUGCAACGAUGACGUGUAAAUAACUAACGAAUAGACGUUUCUAUCAUUAAUUUGUAUCGACGCAACGUGUGGACGUAAAAGAUGACCUUGUGCUGCUCACACAGAGAACGAAACAUUUCCUAUCAUGGCUGAAUGAAAACGGACUGUUGUAAAAACCAGCACAAGAAAAAUGACACAGUUAACUCCUGACUGAAUGUAUCUUCGGUAGACAUAGGCUUCAUUCACGUUCCUCCUAACACAAGAGCGUAGGUUAGUUAGCUUAGCUAAUCCCUCCGUUUUCAUACAGUAGUUGAUUUACCUGUUGAGGGUUUGUGUUGUGUAAACGAAAUGAAAGUUUUAAAGGUGGAAAACAACUUUGACUGACAGGUGUGAUUGCGAAAUUGCUUUCCCUCAGUCCUGAAAAUCAAGAUUGCUAUUCCUUUGAUUGUCAGUCUAACGCAUUUCUGUUUUAGGUCUCAGUUUUGUAGCCUGCGUUGCUCUGACAUGAAUAACAUUUGACACAAUUUACUGGUAGUCAGUUGUAGACAGAACACGUCUUGCUUGAAAUCAUUUCAUUAGUAGAACGGACAGGUUUUUAAGGAAAAUGUGGGAUUAUCCAAUGUUAAUAAGUGACAUAUCAGCAGAAAUGAAACCAAAAUGUUUUCAGUUGCUUCAGUCCACUUUUAUACAGUACGUAUAAACCAAACCAAACUCCGUCCUCAGAAAUCUUAACAUAAUCUAAGAUUGUAUUUAUUUGACUUCUAUUUUCGUCAAGAUGAACCAAACCGUAUGACAUUAUCAUUUGUAUUUGUCUUCCUUUGUUUGUUCUGGAACCUACAUUUUGAUUAUGAACUGAAACCAAACCACAAAAAUACUAAGUCACACACAACUAUAUCGCGUUCCCACGAAAUCAGAAGUAUGUCGAGGUGUAAUAUUUAUUUUUAAGGCAUCAUUAGGCACAAAAUGAUCAAUACAGUUCUUGUCGUGAGGUGUAUAUGAGUAAUAAUUGUGAUCUGAUGCUCUAAUUUAAGAUUCUUAUAUAAGAUUUGGUACCAGCAUCAUCAUGCAGAUUUAGGACCAUGUAUUCAGUAGAGAUCGAUUUUAGGUUUGGCUGAGAUGACUCCUCCCUCUUUAAUCCUGAACCAAUAGAAAUGUAAACCAACUUACAGAUGUUUUAACUGCUGCAUUAUUGCCUUUUUCAAUGCUGUGUUUUUGGAUGUAAUUAUAUGUAUUUUUUAUUUAAGUCGAUAUUAAUUGGAGUUUGGGGUCAUUAUAUACGGUUGAUUUUGAUGGGUCUGACGCUUGAUAACUAAACCAAUUAACCGAGAGCACAACUGUAUCCAGAUUGACUCAUUUGUGUCCGUUCAUCAUUCAUUAAUGGAGAAUCAAUAUAGUGAAGGUUAAGACGGAAACGCAUUUAGUUUAGAUCUGAUGUGUUGAACAUCAUGUACAGCCCAAGUUUAUCUGUCAGAUUACUAGCAUGUAUUAAAGAUACAGCUUAAUAAUUGGUUACUUUAAGAGUGGAGGUGUAGUUUGGUGCUUUAAGGAACUUGUCAUUAAGCUAUUGGAACCAUUGUAAUGAAAUAAGCUGAUCUCGAAUCACUCUGAAUUCCACCAAAGACAUGUUCUGGAUAUGAUUGGAAGGCCAAAUAAUGUGUUGUAUUUUUAAUCGACAUGUAUUGUAAGAGCAAGCAACCUGUGAACUGAUCUGGCUUGUUGUACUUGCAUUAAAACGACAAUAAAAUUAUAAAUGACCCACACAA